CUCCGAAAGAAACAGCUCGCUCCUCGUUGUCGUUAUUUUUUAUUUGUAUAAACAACUUGCGUCACUUGUAUCAACGUUUUACUUCUCACAGUCAGCCGAUGUUGUAUAAAGAGUGUUUUUUUUUAAGUGUUGUAGUAGGGUAUAGCGCGGACUUUUUUCCCGCGGAGGGAUACACGCCGGCACAUCUCUACUGUGGAGCGGAAUUUGAAUCUCUACUACUGACCAAUAACCGGGAAGUAGGCGCUUACACCAUUAAGCCUUGAGAUACACGAUGGCCGCCGUGGAGAUGAACACUUCCGGCCCUGAGAAGGAGCAGAAGGAGGAGAUUCUUUCCCCCUCACAGGAGGAGUCUUCUGAAAUCAUGAAUGGAAAAUCAGCCUCCCUGAAUUUCUCUGAGCUCACACCUCGCCGGUUCGGCAUCUCUGUUCAGAGUUUUACUCCAGCAUCACUGCCGACCUGCAAAGAUAAGUCUCGUCUGGCACAAAUAAAGGCCAGACGGAGGUCAAGCAUUGGAGUCCGGGGUUCCCCAGAGACAAACUCCCUCAUUCGCUUCAUGGCUCAGCAGAAAAUGAAGACUCUACCAGCCCUCAAAACUCCAGACCUCGUCAAAAGUAGCCCCUUCCUUCCCCGGGUCGCCUCCACGCUGAGGCAGAAGAUGGCCUCCUUCCAGAACCUGAUGGAUGUGGCGGAGAGCGAGGGCUGUGAUCCGAUGCCAACGCAGGACAGCAACACUGGAGGAUGCAUCAAGACAAGAGAUUAUCUGUCUGAUGGGAACAGCAGUGAUGGAGAGAAAGAGAACAACCCACCUACGGUGACACCCAGCAAGAGGAGGCGCCUGGGCCCCCUGGAAAGCUGUGAGCUGGAGAUUAGAGAGGCCAGCGCUCCUACCCUCCACUUCAGUCUGAAGGAGCGACAGGAGGAAGAAAUAGCAGAGACACAGGUUGUGACAGAAGGACCGCUGAGUGACGGCGGGACAGUGGAAGAGGCCGACGCAUGUUUCCCUCCGAUGAACCGUCAGCACGCCGUCUUUGAACUACAAAGCCCCCGCCAUCCACCACCCGAUGAUCCCACGGCCGCUUCUCCAGCCUGGCCGGCAUCCUCCCUCCACAUCCCCUCCCUCCCUCCUCUGCUGGAGAUGAAGCCCACAGGAGAGGGCAACUCUUGGGGCACGUCCACCAUCAAAAAUAAAAAGAAGGUUCACUUUGGCGGGCCGCUCUCUCCUGAGUUCUUUGACAAGAACCUUCCUCCCAGCACCCCACUUCAGAAAGGGGCCACGCCUGCCCGAGCGCAGACACCAGGGGGCGCUCUACAGCUGCGCUCGCUGCUGAAGACGCCACAAGGAAGUGAAUCCCAAACACAGAAAGCUCAGUCGGACUUCAGCAGCCCCACCACGUUUGGAGCCUCACCGACACUUGCAAUACCUCGCAACCGCAGAACACCGACUGUGGGGGAGGACGGUGAAGACAAGGAUGGAAAGGUGGAAGUGGACUCCGCUGUGAUGGCUGAUACAGAUUGCUCAUGGGACGUCCAGCCGUUGAAUUUAAACAAUGCGUUCCAUGAGGAGAGUCUUCCUCAGGUCCUUCCAGCGUCUGACCCUGAACCCAGCGCAGCCUCCUGGCUGGAUUACCUCGAUGAGUUUACAUCCCUGCCAGAGAAGGAGAAGCAACAGGACGCCGUCGUUACAGUUGUUGAAUCCAAAAGCAGAAAGAGAAAGCAGCUGGGACCAAAGUGUGAAUCUCCUGCUCGCUCCGGCAGCCGAAAAAGAAAGCAGCCGGAGGAAGGCGAACCUGUGAAGAGGUCGACACGCUCGGCUGCCAAGUCGGCCUCUGGGAAGAUGAAGGUGAGCUCUGCAUCAGGUCGUCGGUGGAACAAGGACGUGGACCGCUCCUUGUACGGCUCUCGAGCAUACGCCUCCAAGGACCCCAACCUGAGCCCCAUCACCGAGUCGUUGUCCUCCAUCAGCAAGUCACCAGCAGCACAGCAGACUCCAACCACAGCACCAAACGAUGAGACAAACAUCAACGCUGAGGUGGCGGACGACAGUCAAGCUAUCGGGGACCUCACUGUCACAACCACCUCGGAAACUCCCUCAGAAGAGUCCUUCACAUCUUCAGACUCCGGGAAAGUUAGCGCCACAUGCAGGGGCAGGAGGCUGUCGGGGACGAGGGGCAAAGGGAGAGGAAAAAAGAUGAAGAAUGUGAGUGCUGCUGAUGAGAUCCUGCUCACUGAGGAGACUCAGAGCCAGACUGGAAGAAAGACAGCGGAGCACUGUGAAGACCAAACCACUACAAAGCUCGAAGAAACCCCACAGGGUCAGACUGUGCACGAGCAGGGAGGAGCCGACGAUGAACUUUACACCCAGAACUCUGCAGAUACAACUUGCACAGACUCGGAUAAUAAACUGGAGUGUUUCAAUUCAGAUCUCAGUCUGCCGCCAGAAAUAACCCUAAGAAAAUACAAGCGGGGCAGAAGGAGCUCCUUAUAUGGCUCAGUCCUACAGGAGCAGGUGAUCCAGGUAGACGAGCAGCAAAUGAACCAUGACGUGCAGGAGUCAGAGUCAGAGCAGGGAGACGCAGCGGCAACCAUGGAGGAGAACAAAGGCAGAGCGAGUUCUGACAGCCAGGAGGAAGGAGAAGCAGUCAACUUUGAGCUAGCCCCCUGGCAGGCUGACUUCAACUUUGAAGAUGUGUUCAAACCCGUGGUCACUAGAGGGCAGCGUUCAGUCCGCCGCAGCCUGAGGAACCAAAACACCAGCAGCAGUGCAGGUCUCGCCUGGCAGCCCUGGACUUCCCCGGAGUUCUCUAAAGAGUCCCGCAGGAGGACGCGGGGGCGCCGGCUCAGUGCUGCUCUACCUGUCCAGCCUUCAGCCCCGGAGGAGACGCUGGAGAAUGUGUCGUGAGACUUAAAGAUGACCAACAUGUGACACUUUGAACUUGUACCUACACUGUUAUUUUACAAUUAAAAAGCAAUGAUUUUUCCAAAACGACGGGCUGAUUGUUUUAUGUGCGAUGCGUCUGCUCCCUGUGAAUUAUCAGAGCCUGCCGGGUCAUUUGUAGCCAGUUUCCCUCCAUUAACCAAAGUCGAUCAAUACGCUGAGAGCCUAAUCAUCUCCGCUGACCACCUCCUGAUCAAUACCCAACCACUCAGCUGGUGAUCACAGAGCGUCUUCAGUCUCACUCUCCAAAGUCACCGGAUCAACAUCCUACAGUCAAUAUCUGCUCUGUGUGGAUGGAUGAAGAUGGCCGUUCACCGUCUUCCAGGCAGGACUGAGGAGGUGGCUGCCAUAAUCAAAUAGUAGCUCCAACAGUUCUGUUUGUUCUCAUAAGCUGUUUUCACACCUUAGAAAUGUCUGACCCUCUGCUCCUGAAGUGUUCCCGAGCUGCAUACAUCUCACUGUGGGGGGCAGAGGCAGGACGUGAUGUAUAAAGAAGGACAAAUGGUGGACCAAGUUAAACACUACCAUGAAGAUUUUUGCCUUAAUUUCAACAUAUUCACAGUAUCAACAGAACUUGGUGGCGGGGCAGAGAAGACCGUGAAGCGGCAAGGAUCGCUCAGGUUGUGGGUCAGAGUCACGCCUUACCACUCACCCACGGGGAAGCUUCCUCACAUCGGCUCAUCCCAACUUUGUGCAGAAACUUAAUUAGACAGCUAGCUGGCAAAAGUCCAGGUCAGAAUGAACAGUUUGGCUGUUUGUGUCUCCACAUGAAAUCGCCUGAAAAACUCCUGAUAUUUGAUAUAAACGCAAACAGCCGAAUUUUUCACUCUGACUUUCUCCUUCCAGAGUGAAGAUGUGAAAACAGCUGCUACUCAGGAAAAUGUCCAGGAGAGGUCUGUGUAUCAUUAGACUGUGUGAGCGUUUAAUGAAGUGUUUUUAAUAUUCUGUCCAUCCUUGAAAGUUGAAAGUGUCCUGAAAUCCAGUUCUGAUAAUAACACCUUGGUUGCAUGUUGACGCUCUUCAUUAGAUCAACUUGUGUUCAUUUAACCAGAUGAUUUCAACUCAUCCAGUCAAUAAAAACUCUAUCCCCUCCAAAUA